AUGUCAUUCAGUUUUUACAAAUUGUUAUAUAAUAUUCCUUCAAAUGCACACAAACUUUGGUAUAAAUUUGUUUUUACUUGGGACUUUUUUUUAAAUAAAGGAAGUGGUUUUGCUUCACACAAAGCUUUGGUUUCACAGGAGAUGCCUGUGACAGGCAGUGUGAUCAAAGUCAUGUGGUUGUCUUGGGAGACUGUAUUGGGUAAGGCACUUCAUAAAAUUUUCAUUUUUGUUUACAAAGUUGCCUGCUUUGGCCAGGUAAACCCUAUUGAAUAUAAUUCAAUGGACUGUAAUAUAAAUUUAAAACAUAUCCAUGCGCAUCAGCUAGUUGUGUGA